AUGAGGGCUUGGUACUUGGAUGAGAGCUCCAACACGCUGACGAGCCAGGACUUGGACGAAAUAUUGAACGUAAAGACGUACAACGCUUCCAGCACAGAGGACGGGGAAAGAGAGCUUCAGUCGCUAAUGCAACAACUGGGCUGGUACAAAAAAAGGGACGAGAUAAUGGACCCGAAUAUCAGCAUGGAUAAGAAGACGCUUCAAGCUAUGGGUGGGGAGCACAGACAUCCGGAUAUGGAAGUCCGCUACAUCAAACAGGGUGCUUGCUACUUCGACGUUCGUGAUUCUCAAGACCGGUGGGUUCGGAUUGAAGUGAGCGCAGGAGACCACAUUGUCUUGCCCCCGAAGAUAUAUCACCGCUUUAAUCAAUCAAUGAUCAAGGAGGUAACGGUUAUGUGCAUCAUUGUUCCGGAAGGAUUCACCUACACAGCGGAAUUCAGAGAAACUUGAUCUUGGAGAAUGGGGAGGUGGUGGUACUUUACAGAAACGAUGAAAGUAAAGAUUAAGUUUAGUUUAAAAGAGCACGCGUGCAUUGUAAAAGUGCACAAUAAACAUUCACAUCUUACAUAUA